UACGUCAAUUUGAGAUUUUUUUUGUACAAUUUUCUAAAUUUAAUAUUAUGUCGAUUACUAGAUCGGAAAUACUUAAUUUAUAUAAAAAAUUAAUGCAAUACUCUCAGUCCCUAAAUUUGACGGAUAACCAGUAUUUCAGGACUAGAGUUUCCAAUGAAUUUCGACGCAAUAAAACAUUAACUAAACCUGGAGAUAUUAGUUUUGCUUACAAGAAAGGUGAAGCUCUACUCCGCAAGGGUUCUGUGGUAUAAAAUAAUGCAAAAUCUUAGAUCUUUUAGUAACAUCUUUAGAGCACAAGCUGUACCCAUAUUACAUUGCUCAGUAGCAUCAAAGCAUAUUGAUUACUCACUUGUACCAAAAAUAAAUGAAGCAGAAUUGACAGAGCAGUUUGUUAGAGGGGGUGGCCCUGGUGGUUCUGCUGUCAAUAAAAAUGCUAACUGUGUAGUUUUAACCCACAAUCCUACAGGAACAGUAAUUAAAUGUCAUAUUAGUAGAUGCCAGGAUGAUAAUAGAAAACUAGCUAGAGAAAUGUUAAUUGCCAAGUUAGAUGAAGUUUUAAAUGGAGACAACAGUGUUGCCGCCCAAAAAAAAAGACUGCAAGGAGAAAAACUUAAGAAAAAUGAAUAUAAAAGAAAGAAAAUGGCCAAACUCAAAGAGGAAUGGAAGAAACGAGAAGGCUUAGUUUAGUUGUUGUUCAUUUUAAGUGAUUUAUGUGAGCUAAAUAAAUUCUGAGU